AUGAAGCUCACCUCCUCAGCCCUGGCAACGCUGCUCCUUGCCGCUCUCUGGACUGAAGCCCACGGCGAUUCCUUCAUCAGCCAGAGCAACACAUGCUGCAUGAAAGAUAAUUUUGUUCCCCGAAGAAUUUCUCCAAAACACAUCAAAAGUUGCAGACCCACAGGUCCGAACUGCUCCCGCCAGGCCGUGAUAGUGACGCUCACACAGGGGAAGGAAGUCUGUGUUGAUCCCAGUAAGAUACGGUUAGCCACAUGUAAAGGAAAGCAAGAAAAACCACUUGAAGACACCCAGACUGCACAGCUGAGACAAGAGAAGCUGGACACAGUGUAA